GUCACGCUCCCUUCUGAAAAGCCGGCGGAGGAAGCCACAAAUUAGGAAUAACUGAGACGGGCAGCAGAAACGUCCUUCAGCCCCGACCUAGAGGGGCUGGCGGCCGCCCCCCGCACCGACGUCCCCGCAUCUCCGAAAGAACUCUGGAAACAUCAGGAAGGGAAGGCUUGGGUUCAAAAUAACAGUAGUAGUAGCAGAAACAGCAGCAGCAGCAUAUAUUUGUAUGGCCCUUCAAGGUUUAACAAGCUACAAUUGGAUCUAGAAACAGCCUAGCCAUCUCAGAUGUAAAUCAUGACUGUGGAAGAGAUGUCACAUCCCCGGCACUUGCGCUGGCUAAUUUUGGCAGGCUGUGGUGCUGCUGUCUUGCUGAUUCCUACUCUCCUGAGGGCUUCUCUUCUCCAUGUAUCAGUCGUGAUUUCUAGAGAAUUCAAAGACAUCUCCUCAGGACAACAGGGCAUCUACAGAACUGGCCAAGAGGCAACAGAAAAGGCCUGGGACCAGCCCCAUCAAGGGUCUCCUAGAAACCCUGCUGGAGCUCCUUUGCAGUGUGACAUCUCCCCUGAUUACCGCUUUGACUGUGCUCCAGAAAAGACCCUCACUCAGGAACAAUGUGAAGCCCGAGGCUGCUGUUAUGUCCCAGUGGCUCAGAAGGGAUUUUUUCAGAUAGGGAGGCCAUGGUGCUUUUUCCCACCCAGUUACCCCAGCUACAAAUUGGAGAACCUUACCACCACAAGGACAGGCUAUGCUGCUACCCUGACUCGCACAGUGCCUACUUUUUUCCCUAAGGACAUCCUAACCCUGCAUUUGGAGGUCCAGAUGGAGACAGAAAGCCGAUUGCAUUUUACAAUCAAAGACCCUGCCAAUCCGCGUUAUGAGGUUCCCAUGGAAACCCCUAAAGUCACUCACAGGGCUCCUACUCAGCUCUACAGUGUGGCAUUUGAGAAUAAUCCCUUUGGUUUGGUCAUAACCAGAAAGUCAAAUGGAAUGGUGAUGCUGAAUACAACUAUUGCUCCCCUGUUCUUUGCUGACCAGUUUCUCCAGAUUACUACUUCUCUUCCAUCCCAGUUUAUCACUGGCCUUGGGGAGCAUCAGACUCCUCUAAUACUCAACACCAACUGGACCAAGAUUACCUUUUGGAACAGAGACAUGGCACCUGUGCCUAAGGCCAAUCUCUAUGGUUCCCAUCCUUUCUAUCUGUGUCUGGAAGAUGGAGGGUUGGCCCAUGGAGUCUUUCUGCUAAACAGCAAUGCUAUGGAUGUAGUAUUACAGCCAAGACCUGCCCUGACCUGGAGGGCAAUAGGGGGAAUACUGGACUUCUAUGUCUUCCUGGGACCAGAACCAAAGAAUGUGGUUCAACAGUACUUGGAAGUUGUUGGAUACCCAUUCAUGCCACCUUAUUGGGGUCUGGGCUUCCAUCUGUGUCGAUGGGGCUACUCCUCCACCACUGUCACCCGAGAGGUGGUGAAGAACAUGACCACAGCUAAUUUUCCUCUAGAUGUCCAGUGGAAUGACCUAGAUUACAUGGAUGCCGGGAGGGACUUCACUUUCAACCAGGACAACUUCUGGGACUUUCCAGCCAUGGUGCAGGAGUUUCAUCAGAGUGGCCGGCGGUACAUCAUGAUUGUGGAUCCAGCCAUCAGCAGCUCCGGUCUCCCUGGGAGUUACAGACCCUAUGAUGAAGGCCUGAAAAGAGGAGUGUUCAUCACCAAUGAGAAGGGGCAGCCUCUGAUUGGAAAGGUUUGGCCUGGAGAAAGUGCUUUCCCGGAUUUCACUAACCCCCAUACCCAGGACUGGUGGUAUGACAUGGUGAAGGAGUUCCACACUCAAGUACCCUUUGAUGGCAUGUGGAUUGACAUGAAUGAGCCAUCUAACUUUGUAAAAGGCUCUGUGGAAGGUUGUCCCAACAAUGAGCUAGAAGAUCCUCCCUAUGUGCCAGGUGUGAUUGGAGGGACCCUCAGGGCAGCCACCAUCUGUGUCUCUAGCCAUCAGUACUUGUCUUCCCACUACAAUCUGCACAAUCUGUAUGGACUGACUGAAGCCAUUGCCUCCCAUGAUGCCCUGGUAAAGAUUCGGGGGAAGCGUCCCUUUGUGAUAUCUCGGUCUACUUUUGCUGGCCAUGGCCAUUAUGCUGGCCACUGGACAGGAGAUGUGUUUAGCAACUGGGAACAGCUGUACUACUCUGUGCCAGCGGUGCUACUCUUUAACUUGUAUGGAAUACCUUUGGUGGGAGCAGACAUCUGUGGCUUCUUGAACAAUACCACAGAAGAACUGUGUGUGCGAUGGACCCAGCUGGGGGCCUUCUACCCCUUCAUGAGGAACCAUAAUAACAAAUAUAAUCAGCCCCAGGAGCCAUAUGUAUUCAGCGAAGAGGCUCAGAAAGCUAUGAGGAGAGCCUUUACCUUACGCUACAUGCUCCUGCCCUAUCUCUAUACCCUGUUCCACAAAGCCCAUUCUCGUGGAGAGACUGUGGCUCGGCCACUGUUUUUGGAGUUUCCCUUAGACCAAAACACCUGGACACUGGAUCGACAAUUCUUCUGGGGAGAAGCUCUCCUCAUUACCCCAGUACUUGAAGUUGGAAAGGUUGAAGUGAAUGGUUACUUUCCCUCAGGCACAUGGUAUCCACUUUUGGAGAUACCAAUGGAGCCUCUUAAUGACCUGUCUCCUUCAUCUUCUGCUCUCAAUGACUCAGUCAUCCAUAGCAAAGGACAGUGGUUCACCCUGCCUGCACCAUUAGAUGUGAUCAAUAUCCACCUCCGCGCUGGCUAUAUCCUUCCAUUGCAGGAUCCUGGACUUACCACCACAGAGUCCCGCAAUAAGCCGAUGACCUUGAUUGUGGCCUUAACUCCCAGUGGUGUGGCCCAAGGGGAGCUGUUCUGGGAUGAUGGAGAGACCCUUGGUACAGUGGAAUGGGGCCACUAUACUCAAAUCAUGUUCCUGGCUAACAAUAAUGUCAUUCUGAAUGACCUAGUACAAGUGUCCAGUGAGGGCACCAGCCUGAAAUUGAGAAAAGUGACUGUCUUGGGUGUGACUAAUGACCCCCAUCAAGUUGUCUCUAAUGGUGUCCCGGUCUUCAACUUUUCCUACAGUGCUGAUACCAAGAUCCUGGACAUCCCUGUGUCUUUGUCAGUGGGGGAACAGUUUCUCAUCAGCUGGUCUUAACUAGAGAGACACUGUUCUGUUUAAUCCAUUACACUUUUUGAGGGAAAAGAAAGCACAAAAAGAAAUCCAUUUCUCCAACUGGUUCAGUGGAUGUUCUGACCUUGGGCGUUUGUAUUGCUGCUUAGGGUGAUAAGGCAAAUUACUCUAUAUUUGAAGGCCAGCUUAGCUUUUUGAUUGAUAACUCAGAUGUCUUUAUUUUUUUAAUUAAUGUUUUUCAGUUAAAAAACUUUUUUCUCUCCCUUUUACCUCACCUCUCUGCGGAAAAAAGAAGUAAAAGGAAGCCUUUGUAACAUAUGUUUGGUAAAGCAAAACAAAUCCCCAUGUUAGCUAUG